GCUCAGUCGUGGAAGGUGUGGCAGGUCGGGAACACUCGCUGUGCGCAGUCCGGCAUGAAGGCCCGCUUCGAGACGUCGGCUGUGGCGCUGGCGGUGUGGGCGGCGGCGGCGUGGUGCUGCGGGUGGCUCCCCGCCGCCAGGGGUGCCAACAUCCUGGCCGUGUUCCCGAUGGAGGGCCGCAGCCACUGGAUCGUGAACCGCGAGCUGCUGGUGGAGCUGGCGCGCCGCGGCCACAACCUGACCGUGCUGACGCCCUUCCACGAGCCGGGCGACCCCUGGGAGCUCGUCAAGCCCACCGCGCAGCUGGCGGGCAGCCGCAAGUUCGACUUCCUGGGGUACGGGUCGCUCUCGACGUUCACACAGUUCGUGAUCCUGUUCCACAUGGGCACGGACUUCUGCCAGCGCCUGAUGGACGACCCGGUCGUUCGCGAGCUGAUCGACUCCCAGGAGCGGACGUACGACCUGCUCAUCAUGGAGACGUUCUACCACGACUGCUUCUUCGCCCUCUCGCACAAGUACCGGGCGCCGACCGUGCUCGCUUGCGCCUUCGGCGGCGGCAACACGUGGAUCAACUACGCGGUCGGGAACCCGUUCCCGCUGUCCUACCUGCCCGAGGGCGGCGUGGCCUACACGACCCGUAUGAGCCUCUUCCAGAAGACCUACAACUCUCUGCUCUCCCUCGCACUCAACCUCUACCGGGAUCUGGUCUACUUCCCGGCCCUAGACGAGAUCGUGCGCAAGGCCUUCGGUGACCCGAGCAUGCCCCCCCUGGCGGAGAUGGAGCGCAACACGUCCCUGCUACUGCUCAACAAUCACUUCAGCUUCGACUACGCGAGGCCGUUGGUGCCCAAUGCUGUACAGGUCGCUGGGAUGCACAUCAGGCCUCCUAAGGUCCUCCCAAAGGACUUGCAGGAGUUCAUGGACGCCGCCACCGAGGGUGUGGUCUACUUCAGCAUGGGUAGCAACAUCAAGAGCGCCGACCUGUCCGAGGAGUUGCGGGCGGUCUUCCUGAAGACGUUCGCCAAGCUGAAGCAGAAGGUGCUCUGGAAGUUCGAGGACGACUCACUGCCGAACCAGCCGCCCAACCUGAGGAUCAGCAAGUGGUUUCCACAGAGCGACCUGCUCGUGCACCGCAACGUGCGGCUGUUCGUGACGCACGGCGGCAUGAUGAGCCUGCAGGAGGCGCUGUACGCCGGCGUGCCGCUGCUCGGCUUCCCCAUCUUCGGCGACCAGGAGGCCAACCUGGUGCGGGCGCGCGACGCCGGCUUCGGCCUGCUGCUGCACAUCCACAACAUCACCGAGCAGUCGCUCGGCUGGGCCCUCGACCAGCUGCUCGGCGACCCCAGGUACGCGGAGAGGGCGCGCCAGUGCUCGCGGCUGUUCCACGACCGGCCGGAGCCGCCGCUGCAGCUGGCGGCGCGCUCCGUCGAGUACGUGCUGCGCCAUCGGGGCGCGCGCCACAUGCGGUCUGCGGCGCUCGAGCUGCCCUGGUACCGCCUGCUGCUGCUCGACGUCGCCGCCUUCCUGCUGCUGUGCGCCGCGGCCGCCGCCCUGGCCGCCGCCCUCGCAGUCCGCUUCCUCGUGCGGAAACUCUCCGGCACAGCCGGCGCCGCACCUGUGCGGGGAAAGAAGAGCCAGAAGAAGGACUGAGCGCUGCGGGGCCGUCUGCAGUCACCGCCCCACGUCACUUCGAGACAGGCGUCGCCGCAGUUGGGGACCGUUUCGACAAAACUCGGCAGCCGCCACUUUUUUUCGUUCCUUAACUGUGCUGGCGUAAACUCUAGCCAGCACACCGGUCGUCAAAGCUGAAGCGCAAAGAUCGGUAGCAGGAGCUGCAUCGAGCUCGCCAGACACACACGCACAACAGACCACACGUCGGUCGCAAACUCUCGCGAUAGGCGCGCUCGAUCUAGCGCCCACUAUCGAUCUUUACGCUUCAGCUUUUCCGACCGGUGUACUGGCGAAAGCUUACGCCAGCACGUUAACGGAUUUUGGUACUUCUAUAGAAGACUCACACAAUGGUUUAAAAGAAUAUACGACAAAACUGAAUAUUCGCUCUUGUAAAAUGCUCCCGAAUGUAGUAAAUUUUGAUAAAACUCGA